AUGGCAAGAAAGCUCGUGGAAGCCCAGCAGAACGCUCACAAUGCGGGGACGUCUGCAGUUGGCACCCGCAACGUUCAGUUGAUGCAUGCUUCCAUCGUUUUCCAGCUACUGUCUCGUCAUAUCCAGCGGGCUCUGCUGCUGGUUUCUGCAGUGCUCAGUUCACGCCAACCUGCUGCUGUUCAAACCCACGCCGUCGAGGUGAAGAUGGAGCAUGGUUUGACUCAAAUGCCAAGUCUGAGUAUUGUGGAUGAGAGUCCUGAAGUUGCCUCUGCUGUCGAGGCGAAAUUGACAUUCACGAAAGCUCAUCGUGCUAUAUUGUAUGCAGAGGCGAUAAUGCUCGUUCAACAUACUACGCCUUCACCUUCGCGAGACGCGAUCUACGUUAUCUACCGUUGUACAGUCGAUGGACCGGACACAUCGAUUUCUCAAGCCUCCCCGAAUGUCAAGGAGUGGUUUGCGUACAACGGGGGUACGGUAAACGGAGACCCGAAAGCGUAUCAAAAGCCCUUGUUCUUCGACAUUGCGCUCAACUACGUGCAACUGGAUAUGGACAGGCUACUGGAGCGUGCUGGGAAGAUGCCGGUCAAGCAAAACAAAGAGGAGGUACCUCAGCCUGUCAAAUCCAGACGGGAGGAAGUGGUCAGAGCAGAGACGCCUGAGCCUUCUGCGCAGACCCGGGCUGGACUGAGUGGACUGCUGGGAGGAUGGUGGGGACGGAAGUGA